AACAAACCAUAUUCCCAAAAUAUUUUGUCCAAAAGCUGUUCAAAUUCAUCGGACAGUGUAACAAUGGAGAGAGAGAGAGAGAGUAUUCAUUGGGCCUCUCAAAACUCAAACCCACAUUUCAAAUUUGAACGCCAUUUUCAUUUUUCACUCUCCAUCUCUCUCUCUUUGACCACCUCGGCGUCUCCACUUUCCGUUUGACCACUCCGCCCCUUUUUCCCUCCCUUUCCUCCACCCUUUAAAUCAACCCUUUUGCUGUCUCAGUCAUUUCAUCAAACAGUUUUGCUGCACUCAUAAAUUCUCCCCCAUUUUCUUUUUCGUUCAAAUCAUGAGUAAAGCUUUUGAUGAUAAUAGCUCGAACAAAGACCCCGUUUCUCUAAAGUCCAGUUUUCAAGAUCUCAGCAUCAAUAACAGCCCAAGCAUUGAUUUUUGCUGCAGCACCGUUACUGGAUCCGACAAUACCAGCAGCGUCGGCAGUAGUAAAAUCAGCGACGGCGGAUUCGUGGGCAAGACGAUUGAUAUCAAAAAUGUUGAGGCGAGCGCGGGUGAGGAGGAGUGCGUGGGGAGUGAGAAGAGUAGUUUGAGCUCCGUCGGGUACUGUAAUGGCGUGGUGGUGGAUGCAAACGAGGCUAGUUUUAGAAGCCUCUGCCCAUCGAAACCGCACAAGGGGAACGACGCGGGGUGGGAUGCAAUACAGUGUGUCACGGCGAGAGAUGGGGAGCUGGGUUUGGGGCAUUUUAGGCUUUUGAAAAAAUUGGGAUUUGGGGAUAUUGGGAGUGUUUAUCUUGCGGAGUUGAGAAGUGUGGGGUGUUUCUUCGCCAUGAAGGUAAUGGAUAAAGGGAUGUUGGUUAGUAGAAAGAAGGUGGCGAGAGCUCAAACUGAGAGAGAUAUCUUGGCUUUGUUGGAUCACCCCUUUCUUCCGACUCUUUAUUCGCAUUUCGAGACGGAUAAAUUUUCGUGUUUGCUAAUGGAGUUUUGCAGCGGUGGAGACCUGCAUUUGCUUAGGCAGCGUCAGCCCGGCAAACAUUUCUCCGAACAAGCAGCAAGGUUCUAUGCUUCGGAAGUGCUUCUUGCGCUCGAGUAUUUACAUAUGAUGGGGGUGGUGUACCGUGACUUGAAACCCGAAAACGUCCUAGUGAGAGAAGACGGCCAUAUUAUGCUAUCGGAUUUCGAUUUAUCAUUGAGAUGUUAUGUGAGCCCGACCCUUCUAACAUCCAACAACGGAGCAGCUUGUACAAUUUCUUCGUAUUGUAUACAGCCAUCUUGCAUCGACCCAUCAUUCAAAUUGCCUGUUUGUGUAGUUGAGCCUUCUUGUUUUCGACCCUCUUGCUUCAAACCCCGUCUUUUCAACUCGAAACCUGUGAAAGCAAGAGGCGAAAGGAUAAAUCUGUCCAGCUCAGAUUCUCUCCCCGUGCUCGUAGCAGAGCCAACUGCAGCCAGAUCCAUGUCUUUCGUCGGGACCCACGAAUAUUUAGCCCCGGAAAUUAUUCGAGGAGACGGUCACGGCAGUGCUGUUGACUGGUGGACGUUCGGUAUUUUCUUGUACGAGUUGCUUCAUGGGAAGACGCCGUUUAAAGGCAACGGUAAUAGAGAGACAUUGUUUAACGUUGUUGGUCAGCCCCUGAAAUUUCCUGAGGGCUCCGCUAUUAGCUUCGCUGCAAAGGAUUUGAUUCGAGGUUUGCUCGCAAAGGACCCUCAGAAAAGAUUAGGAUUCAAAAGAGGGUCGACUGAGAUAAAACAGCACCCGUUUUUCGAGAGCGUGAAUUGGGCUCUUAUCCGCAGCACUACCCCUCCUCAUAUUCCUAAGCCAGUCGAUCUUGCAUUGGUCAAUCAGACGAUAAAGUCUUCUUUGGCUGGAAAUCACAAGAGUACGACUACUGACUCGGAAAGGUCAUCUGGUCCUUACUUAGAUUUUGAUUUUUUUUAACCAACUUUUUUUUUUUAAAUCGACGUUGUAUCAUUAUUCUCGAGGCAGUUAGAUUUUCGAUUCUGAUUUGUAGUUUUAUUUUUAACAAAAUCUUUCAAUUGACAACAUUGCUUGUUAAUU